UUUGGCGGUUAGUUUGAAUUCUCUGGCGGCCCCAGUCAAAAUUCAUGGGGGUGCUGAAGGGCGGGUUUCCUCGCUAGGACGCGGUGGUUUGAGGGCGGCCGGGCUCAUUGGUUGCUCUGCGGCCUCCUCGUGCAGCCGCUGUCCUCGCCGCUUGUAGCCGAAAGUCGGGACGUGGCCUUAGGAAACCAGGCCCUCCAAGAUGGACAGAAUUUAUUCUGAAAUAAUUGCAGAAGAUGACCAUACAACUAAAAGAAGAGUUUCAUCAAUUUUAAAAGUCCCCCGAACUCCUCUUCGUGAGCUAAUGAGUGGAAAUGAGUGCAUCCAGGGUUGCGAUAUCGAGAAACGUCAGAAAAACUCCCGCCGUGUCAGUUUUGCAGAUACAAUAAGGGUUUUUCCAGCAGAUCUUCAAACAAAUGAGGAAACUGUAGCAGCAAGGCAUCAAGAACCAUUUGAUCAAAAAGAAAAACCAGAGACUGUCCAGUGUGAGAUCACUGAGAUGGACACUUUACUUCAUGCCCCAAUCCAGACACCUUUGCAACAGAUGGAGAGCCAUGGUCAGGAAUGGAACAAAAUGAGUAGAACGCUUCUCUUCUCUGAAGAAAAUGAAAUGGAUAUGACCUCUGGUCACACUGUAAUGAUUACACAUGAUAUUGGGAUCUAUGAAGAAACUGACAAGUCCAGGAAAAUAGACUUCAAAUCAUUUUCAGCUGAAUUAAAACCAAAUAAGGAAAAUUCAGAAGUGAAUGAAUUCAGUUCCCUCCAUGGUCCUGUACAAGGGAAUGAGACUUCUCCAUCUCAACAGAAAACAAACAUUGGUAACACAAAGAAAAUUAAAUUUGAUGACUUUUUGGAAAGCUUGAAAUCAACUAAAUUCUUUCCCACACCUGCUGCUGAAGUAUCUUUUCUGCCUUCAGAGGUCCCAGAAAGAAAACCAUACUCUUCAGAAAUGAAUGCAUCUUUUCAGAUGCAAGGGAAAAGCAUCAUCGCUAAAGUCUCUGAAGGACUAGAUAAUAAAACAGCGGGUCCACAGUAUUGCUUAUCUAAUGAGAAGACCAUUGCCCCUCUUACAAGCCAUGCUUCAAAGCAAAUGAGAUGUGGGGCAGUUGCUGUGCAAUGUAGAGAUGAAAGCAUGGACAAGACUAUUUCCAAUACGGAAAGAGUUAUGUCAGCUGGAUUUGGCUCACUUACUGUAGCAAAACAACAUCAGAACCUUGAGAGUGAUUAUUCAGUUUCUUAUGAUAGCUGCAGAUCUAAGCCUUCUAGUCACCCCCCUCAUAUUCAACAGCUCCAAGAGAUGUGUGUCAAUAAAACAACUGUUAACAAUAGAGAAGCAGGUAUUUCCCCCAAACAUGCCAAGUUGAUAAGCAGCGAUUACUCACUAUUCUCUUAUCAGGAAAUGUCUGUGACCCAAAAAUCUUUUGGAUCAGUGCCAGUUCUUCAUGGUAAUAAAAAUACUGUUUCUUCUAACAUCUAUUCAGAUAUGAAUGUUACUAGAAAUCAGAAUUUCAUUUCUGAUGCUAAUUCUAAGGAAAUUAGCAAAUGUGUCCAUAGAACUGCUGAAAAACAGAACAAGACUGCUUCUGGGCUAAUGGAAAGAAUUGUUUUGAGUGGCAGUAAUAUGGAUGCGAUGGAAAAUCAAGUUUCUACAAAUGCUAAUAUGAAUGGUAUGCCUCAUUCCAUCAAUUGCAAUGAAAUGGCUGCCUCAAAGCAAAAGGGUGUUUAUGGAAAUAAGGAACUUCAAAAUUUAAGCAUAAAACCUGGUUCUUCCCCAUCAUCCCAUCUUGAGAGGAAAGAAGACACUUUGCUUGUAUCAUUACCAAGUGACACAUCAGCAGUCUUCUCUGCAAAAAGCAUAGAUUUAAGUAGGAAUUAUGUUGCCAGGAGAGAGGCAAAGCAAGUAGAAUGUCAGUCUCUUCUGUCUGAUGAAAAGGCAGCCUUUGCUGAACUGAAUGGUAAAACAGUUGUAAACUAUACAACUAAAAGAAAAAGCAGCUGUUCAGACAAUGGAAUGCCUCCAGUUCCUGCAGAUAAAACUCUUACGUUCACAGUCAGUGAAGACAUGGAACUAACGAAACCCACAGUGUACCUGAUAGAUAAGUCUCUGAAAACUGCUGGAUUUUACAAGAAGCCACAGGAAGAAACAAGAUCUGGGAACUAUAAUGUUAUUGGACCAACUGGUAACAAGACUGUUGUAUUUUCCCUUGAAGACAAUGAAAUGGAGAUUACCAAGAGCUGUACAGUGGCAGUAAACCAUAACUUUAUGCAGCCUUGUGAGAGAGAUCCUCAUUUGUUGCAACCUGUUGAUAAGACUGUUUAUACAUUACAUAAUGACAUAGAUUUGACUGAAUCAAAUACAUGCAUAAUAGACCAGUCUCUAGAAAAUGCUGGUGCCCGGGCUGUGCACAAACUACUUAACAAGGCUGAUAGAAAAACUUGCACAAAAUCAACCAAAGACAAAACCAAAGUUGUAUUUUCUCUUAGUGAUGAAAAUGAAAUGGAAAUUACUAGGAGCCAUACAGUGGCACUGAACUAUGGUGAUGCCCCCCAAGGUGGCAUUAUCCCCACUGCAAUGCAUGUGGCUCCAGAUAAAACUGUCAUGGUUACAUUUAGUGAGGAUAUGGAGAUGACUAGGCCUGUUGCAGGGGCAAUGGAUAAAUCUCUGAGACGUGUGACUGGUACUCCUGCUGUACCACAACAAGCUACAGGAACUGGAAAGAAAAGCAUUCCUGGAAUAAUUAGUGACAAGACUGUUGUAUUUUCCCUUGGCGAAGGUAAUGAAAUGGAGAUUACCAAGAGCUGUAUAGUGGCACUGAACCAUAAUGUUAGGCAGCAUUGUGAGACAGUCCCUCAAGCAUUGCCUUUAAAAUCUGUUGAUAAGACUGUUUAUAUCUCACAUAAUGAAAAGGAUAAGACUCAACCAAUUUCAAGUAUAAUAGGCCAGUCAUUGGAGAAUGUCAUUGCCCGAGAUAACAAAGCUGAUGGAAGAACUCCCAUUGGAUCAACCAGAGACAAGACAGUUGUAUUCUCUCUUAGUGAACACAAUGAAAUGGAAAUUACCAGUAGCCAUACACUGGCAGCUAAUCAUGAUACUGCUCCACAAAUUGAGGUAGUUCCUCAGGAACCUGGCUCAUUUCCUGCAGAGAAAUCCUUCAGACAGGUAUUUAACAGUAACAUGGCAGUAAAUAGAUCUUCACAUUUUAUUCCUGCAGACAAAAUAAAGAUGCUUAUUUACAACAAUGACAUAGAAAUAUCUAAUCCCAUAGAACAUGUAACCAAUUCAUCUCAGAAAAAUAAAGAAAAAGGAAUUGAUAAGAUAACCCUGCCAGGAUUUGUCAACGAAGAGAAAUUUAAAUUUUUGCUAUGUGAAGACAAUGAGAUGGAGAUUACUAAGAGCCAUACGGUUGCAGUAAACCAUGAUAUCCAGCAAAUGGAGGGUGCACAGCAAGAGCUGUCCCUGAUUUCUGCCAAGAAAACCAAGCUUUCUGGACAUAAUGAUAACACGGCCACAAGUUUUGUUCCUGCAGGUAAAACUUUGAUGCAGAUGCACAGAAAUGACAUGGAAAUAACAGAAUCUUUAACAGAUAAAUCACUGAAAAAUAUCAGUUCCAAAACUUUGCCACUGAAGGGGAAGGAAAUUCACCAGGCAAUGCUGUCCGGGCCUGUUAAAUGCAAUGCUAUUCUUAAGCCGCAUGAUAAUGAAAUGGAGAUUACUAAAUGCCUCACAGUUGAAGUGGACCAUGAUAUAUUUUCUCAGUGUGAAAGAAGACUCCCAGUGCAAUUUUGUCAAGAUAGUAUGGACAUUACAGGAUCUUGUAAUGACAUGAAAAGUAUGCAUGCAAAUACAGUGGCACUGGGAAAGGAAUCUAAAUGGGAAGCAUCCGCAAACCAAAUGUUGGCAUUAGCUACUGGUGAUAAUAUAGAGAGUGCUAAAAGGCAUACAGUGCCGAUGAAUCACCAAACAGCUCAGCAGCAUCAAUCAGUUAGUAAAGCUGGGCUCUUAAUUCCUUCCAGCAAAAGUAGCGUGUUCGCAUGUUUCCAGGAUGGCAAAGAAAUCACUAUGUUGCUUCCUGAUGCCACUGCUGAUCCAAGCUUGAACGAGAAACAAGCACCAAAUAGAAACACAAAGCAGGUCUUAGGUAAUAUGUCAUUCUUUACCAAUCAUGGAAUAACGCAAGAUAUAGACAUUACUAGAAACCACACUGUUCAUAUUUAUAGUCCCAGUUGUUAUGUACCUAAUCCUGAAAAACCAGGACUGAACUUUGCCACAAAAUCAAGAGAAAACACAAUUGCAUAUUCAGAUGGUGAAACCAUGGAGAUGACUAGAAACCACACAAUUGGAGUUGAGUUUAUGGAUAUAAAUAAUUGUAACAAAGAACUCAGCUCUUGUUCCCAGGCUGAAUUUCACUCUAAAUGUUCUCCUUUAGAUGUCCCACAUGGAAAGGAAUUGGGCAUUACUAAAACUGACAAAUAUAUGCCUGAAAAGUCAGUUUCAUCUUCUCAUGUGGAACUGUCUAUGCCUGUAAAUGAUGUCAACAGACAGAAUUUGGUGAGAAUCCAGGAGAACCAACUAGAAUCUCAUACAUCUAGAAUUAACAGACUUUCAGAAGCUGCAAAUUAUGUUCAUUGUAGGGAAGAACAUGAGUCCAUGUUGCUAGCUGAAAUGCCAGUUCAACAUCUAGAGUUAUAUGAUGUAACUACUCUUAAUUCGAGCAGAGAGAGUAUGUCCAUGUUAGUUAAUGAAAGCAGAACUUCAAAAGAUUAUCCAGAAAAGGGAUUUCUAUCAAGACAUGAAAGUAACCCCGCUGGAGUUACAGAAAAUCUUCCAUUUGCUGAAACAGCAACUAAGAUGGACAGGGCUGUGCUGUUUCAACCAGAUCAAGUUACAAAAGAUUGGCAAAAUAAUUUGGGUCCUCCUGUCAAUAACCUCUGCUCAGAGAAAGACCUAGCCCUUCAGCCUGAAGUACCUAGUAUAAUUAAUGAUUGUUCAAAAAUAACUGACAUUGGGAAGAAGCUAGAACUUGGCUUAAAAUCUCAAAAUAGUAAGCCCAAUCUUAGAGAAGAACUAAAGAAGCCAAAAGAUCCUUUGGAGUUAACAGAAGAUAUCAGAAUAAAAUCCACUAAUUCUGUUGUUUCGAAUGAACUGAAAAAUAACUCUUCUACAGAGUGUGAUCCUUUCAGUGUACCCUUCAAUAAUAUGCAAAAGAACCCCUGUCAGAUAAAAAAGGUACCCCUAGGUAUCUUUCCACCUAAACUGCCAAACAAACGAAAACUCACCGUUUCUAAUGUAGAAGACAUUGGUGAAAGAACAGAAGCUCAAGACUCAGAACAUUCUCUGCUCAUUAAGAAAUUCUCUGGUCAAACUGCACAACAUUUGAGUCCAUCUCACUAUAUAAGUGAAGAAUCACUUCCUCCAUGUCUAGAGGAAGUGGAUUCCAGUGAGCUUCUAAAUAGUGAAUUGCAGGAGAAAGUUUGUGAUGUGAUGGAUGAAAAAGAAGUCCCUGAUGGAAGACAUCUAAAAGGAACUAAUAAGCAAAAAAGAUUUCAGAAUAAAGAGGGAGAAGAGCUUCAGAAAGAAAAAAAGCUGAAAGUUGAUGAGGGCUGGUGUGGUACUACAGAGCUGAAGCCGCUGUUUUCCAGCACUAUAGUAGUUAAUGAAGAAAUUCUUGAAGGUAAAAACAAGCAAGACAUGAUGGCCUCAAAUAUGGAAAAGACACCCAGCAGUAAUGGAAGCUGUUUGGAUUCAGUCAAAGCCGAUUCAGAUCUCAGUAUUCCACAAAAUGUUGACAUGGAGGCUGAGCUUAUGAACAGUAGUUGCGAACAAAAUUUGUACGAGAAAUUGCAGGAUGGUGUUAUCACAGUCGGGGAAUUUUUUACGCUUCUUCAGGUUGAUAUAGUCAUACAGAAACCUCGUCAGAGCCUGCUCCCACCAAAAUACAUGGUCAAUGACUCUCCUACCCCAGAAGAUUUGCUUCUCACAGAGUAUGUUUACGCUCCUAAGUUGCAGAUUUACAAUGAAGAUUGUCAAGCUCUGUCCAAGAUACUAGAAGAACUGAAGUUGUGUGCUGAUAACAAAGAUAAACUUCUGGUGAAUGUAAAUAAGAGUCUGUGGGAAGUAAUGAGAACUUGCUCUAUUGAGGAGCUGAAAGCUUUUGGAGCAGAGCUGAACAAAAUGAAAUCCUAUUUUGUCAAGAAGAGUAAAGUACUGGCUCACAGAAGGAAAGAAAAAAUGUACCUGAAGCUGGUGCACAGUGCACAGCUCCAAUGGGAAAAACUACAAUCAAGAUUAAAUGAAAUGGAUGAACUUCUCGAAGAAAUGGAUAACUGUCUUGUUGCUCUAGAAGCAGAAACUACUAAGUUUGAAGAGUUUGAGCUUGAGGUCAAUGACUCUGUGGCAGAGUAUGAGACCAAACUGAGACAGACUGAGCAAGAACUAGAAAACUGCAAAGCUCAAGAGGAGGCACUCCAAAGAGAUCAGUCAAAUCUUAGAGAUCAACAGCAGCAGAAAGUUUCUGAAAUAAACCGUCUCCAAGAAGAAGUCAAAAGUUGUCAGGAACUUAUGGAGAAAUACAACUUCUCUGAGUGGGUGAUGAAAGAAUGGAGUGAUCAGCAGGCAGUUUUCACUUUCCUUUACGAUUCUAUCAAACUCACUGUUGCACUUGAACAUCUAGGGGAUACUGCUGUUUUCACCACCAAAACAUUCUGCAGGAAGAUAAUUGGUGUAAACGUUGAAUCAUUGUUGGAUGAAGCAAAAGCUCCAGCUUCUUCCAAACUAGUACAAAGGCUCAUUUUCCAGUUUAUUAAUGAUCAAACUUCAAGGCAGGAGAAACACUUAGAAGUGCAGCACCUCCGUCAGUUGCUGCACGAUAUCUCUCUUGUGGUGAGUCGCUGUCAGCUCCUAGGAGAAGAGAUAGAGUUUCUGAACAGAUGGGGUGGGAAAUUUAAUCUUCUGAAGACAGCAGUGAAUGAUACAAAAGUGAAACUGUUAUUUUCCAGUUCUCUGGUUUUUGCAAAGUUUGAAGUUGAGCUGUCUCUCUCUGCCAACUACCCUGUAUCUCCAAUGGCUUUCACUGUUCAAAAACACAGAGGCAAUCUUGGCCAAGAAGAAAUUUCUGAAGUUUUGUCAAGCAUUCCAGUGGGUGCUGACUAUUUGAAGAGAAUGGUCAAUCAGAUUCAUCAUUGUCUACUCCAGAAUCCCUCAAGAAUUCAUAGACAGCAAAAAUAGUUCUUAUGAGCAGCUGUCUGAUGGGACACUCUGACUCUUGAAUGCUGAGAAAUGUGAUAUCAGCUGCCAAGAGAUCAAUAUUUGUGGUUAGAUCUUUAGACACACAAAUACUCAGAACUGCAAUGUCUACUGAAAUCAGUAGUGACAGAAGAAUUUCACAUGGCUCCUCCUUGGUUCUGUAUGUGUGUGUCCCUGCCCCCCCAGUCCCUUUUUAUGACUUCUGGUGCUUUUUAUUUCUAGGAAUCCAGCUCCUCUAAGCCAUCAAACUGAUGUAAUUUGAUUUCAAUAGAGUUUGCAACUGAAAAGGCUUCACUGCCAUUACAGAUACCUUCAAAGGUUUUUGUGAGUAUGUAGGUGACUAGGAUUAACCUUUGACUGCCAUCAUAAAUAAUGGGGUUUUAUUUUCAUACACUUGCUGGAAUACCUCCUAAACUGAAAUCUUAUGAACUAACACUACAAAAUCAAAAUAUUGUUAAUAAAAUGAAAUAAAAUUAGGAGCUGGAAGGCCCUUCUAGUUUUCCUACGAAAAACAGACUUGACACCAGGAUAAACCUGAGUAAUACAGCUUUCACACUUGGUUUAACAGAAUUCUUCAGCUUUUGAAAAGAUUUCAGUUAAGUCACUAGUGAUGUAUUUUAGAUUGUUACUGAUGUGGUUUCAUCACAGGCAUAUACACAGGUGGUAUUACCACACUGUAGCACCCAGAAUUUCUCCACUCUGAUGUAUAGUUUCUGUAUGUAUGUAAAAUAUAGCAUUUUAUAAUAUUUUUGAAGGCUGAGAAUGAAUAUUUUUAUGAAGAAUUUUUUGUUUAUAGAAAUUUAAUAAAUAUUCCUACAUUAAUAAA